UGAUGAAGUUACCGGCGGCUCCAAUGUCGAGAAGGGCCCGAAACUUAGUCGUAGACGCACCAAGGGUAGCUGCGAUGAAUUUGAGGUGAAAGCGUGAUGAGUCGAUGCAUGACUGGAGAGAUGUCAUCAUGUGGAAAAGAGUUGCGAGGUCGAUGGCGACAUCGGGUGCUGGUGUUUGCUCGCCUGCGAGGUUGCGGGCGAUGCUGUCGACGGAGUCGGAGCGGAUGUUGGACAUAUCAAUGCUGGAUGAUUGGGCCAUGGUGGGGGAGGAAGAGGUGGUAGCUGCGGCUGAGGAGUUAGCAACAGAUGAGGUGGAGGCGGCGGCAGCAGCGGCAGCGUCGGCGGCUACACAUAACCCCACUCCUGUCUUAUGCCUGUCUCUGGACGACUCCCUUGACGAGCUGGGUAGUGAGCUAGUCGCGUUACGCAGUUCGUGGGCGAAGAAAGCCAAGUCUAAGGGGGAACUAUUGAUUGCCGAUUUGGUUGUCAAUCGCAUACACGUUGGUGCGAUGCUGGACCCUGGGUCCACACGAUCUUACAUGUCUGAACGUGCAAUCCGCAAGUUGCACCUCGGCAUGAAGAUCCAAACGUUAGCUAGACCAAUCACGUCUAUGCUGGCUGACAAAAGCACGAUGACGGUAACGCAGUACGUCGAUCGUGUUCGAUGUCAGUUCAGUACUAAGGAGGGGAAGACGAUUUGGCAUGAGCUUCCCUUCCUAAUCGAGAAGAACAUGCCAUUUAAUAUCAUAUUGGGAAUGGAUUGGCACAAGGAAGUUGAUCCCAAGAUUGAUUUCAAACAGAAAGAAGUACGAAUCAAGGAUGCAUCGUCUGAAUUGCAAUCAAUUAAGUUGUAUCAUCGGUCAGGGUCUGAUUCUGUCUUGUCUUUCUGUUGCAUGAGCUACCCUGCAUUCCGAUCGAUGGUUGCAAAGAAGAAGUUAGAGGAUGAGGUAGUCAUGUUGUUAGUUAAGAAAGUAGGUGAGUCUUCAACUACCCAUCCUCCUGGCAUAGAUGCACUCCUAACGGAGUUUGUCGAUGUUCUGUCUGAACCAACCGGGGUCACUUCGCGUGCUAUUAAGCACACGAUCGAGAUUGUGCCCGGUAGCAAGGUUCCCAAGGGCCCUAUCUAUCGCAUGUCUCCAAGGGAACUUGAGGAACUUAAGAAACAACUGUAUGAGUUGACAGAGAAGGGAUGGAUUCGCCCUAGCUCCUCUCCUUAUGGUGCACYUGUCUUGUUUGUGCCCAAAAAGGAAGGUGAGCUGCGCCUUUGCAUYGACUACCGAGGGCUGAAUGUCGUCACCGUCAAAAACGCCGAACCUUUGCCAAGGAUCGACGAUCUCUUGGAUCAGUUGCAGGGUUGUCGAGUCUUUAGCAAGAUCGACCUUAAGUCUGGGUACCACCAGAUCGAGGUGGAUCCCGCCGAUCAGCAUAAGACCGCGUUCCGUACGAGAUAUGGUCAUUACGAGUUCAUCGUGAUGCCAUUUGGUCUAACGAACGCACCUGCGACCUUCCAAAGGUCAAUGAACGAGUUGUUUAGGCAAUGGCUCGACGACUUUGUAAUCGUCUAUUUGGAUGAUAUUCUAGUGUAUAGUAAGACACUAGAAGAUCAUCAUCGACACCUUCGUCUAGUACUCGGGAAGUUACGCGAAGGUAACUUCAAACUCAACCCAAAGAAAUCCGAGUUCGCUAAAUCUGAGGUCCUGUACUUGGGACAUAUAGUGAACGAGGAGGGAUUGAGGCCCGAGGAAAAGAAGAUCUCGACAAUCAGAGAUUGGCCACAGCCGAAGACUCUGACAGACCUGCGAUCUUUCCUUGGAUUAGCAAGUUACUAUAGGAAGUUCGUUAGGAACUUCUCAGUUAUCGCUGCUCCCAUGAGAAGAUUGCUCAAGAAAGGUACUAUCUGGCUGUGGGACAAGGAUUGUGAGUCAUCCUUUCGAAAGUUGAAACAUGCUUUGACCCACUAUCCUGUUCUUAAGAUUGCCGACCUGUCUCUUCCUUUCAUCGUCACAACUGACGCAAGUCAGUACGGUAUUGGCGCUGUCUUACAACAAGACGACGGCAAAAGCUACCGCCCUAUUGAGUUCAUGUCUAAACGUCUAUCGUGUGAAAAGGUCGCCAACUCCACCUACGAAAGGGAGUUGUAUGCAUUAGUCUGCGCCCUAGAGACAUGGAAACACUAUCUCCUUGGCAGACAUUUUAUUGUGUACUCGGACCACUCGACCCUCAAGUGGAUCAAGACACAGCCUCGAUUGUCUGACAAGUUGGUUCGUUGGUCUGCUUUCAUCGAUACCUUCGAUUUCGAACUCAAAACUAUUAAAGAGGCCAAGACUGAGCUUGUGAUUGCUAAAUUUCAGAUGCGAUGGGUAACUGAGUAUGGGUUUCCCAUGUCUAUCGUAUCUGACCGCGAUGUCAGGUUCACAAGCAUGCCUUGACAGAAGCUGAUGGAGGCCUACGGUACACAACUCACCAUGUCGUCAGGCAGACACCCUGAAACGAAUGGCCAGUCUGAGCAAAUGAACCGUAUGGUCCAAC